CCGUCAAAGACGUCAGGUUUCACACGAAGCUAGCAAACAUCAGUUGGACAUUGACAGACCAAUCAAUACCAAACCCAGUGCGAAACCAAAGACUAUGUUGGUUAUGGCUGGAUCAGAAUCGAGCACUUUAGCAAGGCACACCAAGCCUAAUGCUACCAAUUCUAAUCUUGUGUCCCGCCUAUCGAUGCGUCGCAAGACAGUGGUUGGUUAUGAAACCAAACGCCACACCACCAUUGACACGACUGACCACAUGGCCUCAAGGGCUGACAACUUUUCACGCAAAUCAAGACAUCCAAAGACUAGUAUUCCCAAUACUUCAACAGCGGUUGGCGUCGAACCUGCUCUAGAACCACCUCAGAACUAUAACCAUCACGGCAACUAUAGCCAACAACAAUCACGUCGUCUUCAACCUGAUCCUGUCCAGAGAUUGAGUGCGAUAGAUAGAGUAUCCGAAAGACGACACAGUAGUUAUAUUACUUCUAAUUCUAUUCUUGAAGGUCGCUAUUCAUCCCCAAAACCAAGAAGGGAUUAUUUGAUGUAUGUACCCAAAGAGGAUCUGUCGACCAUUAGACCUACACCCUCAGAAUCACGUUUACCAAGAAGGUCAUCCUUCUUGAAUGAAGCAUCUAACUACAGGCGUUGAAUACUAUAUAUAUAUAUAUAUAUAUAUACACAAAAUAAAUAAAUAAGUAUUACAAAUUGUCUAUGG